CAAAGCUCGCCGCGCCGACGAGAGGCCGCCCGCCGCGCGAGAAGUUAGGCAGAGCCGCGCAAGCUGCGCAAACUCCGUAAAGCGGUGGCGCCCCCCCCCCGGUCCUGCCGAGCGGGUUGAGUAACGCCGCCGGCGGGAUACGGAGAUGGCGUAAGGGAGCUGCGCGCUUCUGAGGCGGCCUUUCGAGAGCCUCGGGUGGCGGAGAGGCGCUGCAGGGCCCGCGGCCGGCCGGCGGUUCUCCUCGGGGACGGGAAGAGCCGCGUUUCCUGAGGGGAGCAGCCCGCGGCCUGGGCUCCGGGGAGGGGCGGGAAGGCGCCGGGCCCCUGCUGCCCCCUCAGCUGUGAGGUUGUGAACAAUUAUAAACAUGAAGGUGGCCGUUGUGGAGAAAAACAAUUUUCAGGCCAGACUUAAGAGAGCUGCCAUAUAAACUUCAUUCACACUCUUCACCUUGAGCUUUCACUUCAGGACAUCAGCAUGUGGAACAAGUCAGUUUGUGUGGCCUUGUUGGCUCUGGCUACAGGCUAUGUCUUCCUACUGGACUCCGAUCUGCCAGAUUCAGUGCUGAAGUAUCUCUCAAGCUCCUUCCUGUAUCAGCUGCAGGGGGAUCUUGCAUCCCCAGAGAGCAGCAUGGCAGCUGCCUGGGAAGUGCUUAUCACCCAGCCGGGCAAACAGUGGAACAGAGUUGCUGUUGGGGUCAAUGCCUGUGUAGAUGUUGUCCUUUCUGGUGUGAAGUUGCUGCAAGCCCUUGGUCUAGAUUCUGGUGUUGGGCAAGACCACUCAAUCUUGCAUUCCACAAAAGAUUUGAAGGAAGCCUUCAGCCACUUCAUGGGGAAGGGAGCUGCUGCAGAACGCUUCUUCAGUGAUGCAGAGUCCUUCCGCCACAUCGCAGAGACUGCUUCAGCAUAUCCUGGGGCACAGUUGUAUGUGGGAGGCAAUGCUGCUCUCAUUGGCCAGAAAAUUGCAACAAAUCCAGACCUAAAGGUAAGAAUAUCAAAUGCCAACCCUCACUGAUUGCCUAUAACUGUA